AUGGAAUAUAAAAAUGAUGAUAAUAUUUUAGCAAUUAAACUGGGUUAUUUGAAUGUUGAAAAUACUGGCUUUCAAAAUGCUAUAAAAUUAAUUGGGGUUACUAAUUCAAUAAGAGGAUUAAUUGAAAUAUACAAAAGUAGAAAAGAAGAGGUGGCUGAUAUAAAUGAUGAAGAGAUUGAAAAUGUUGUUAAAGUUACUCUGGACAAGGCAAUUGAAGAGUAUGAUGGUAAUGUUAAGGAUUAUUAUUAUAAUUUAAAUAAUAAAACUUAA